CCGCGGUCCCUCGUGUCCGGGCUCGGCUGCCAUCUUAGGGUCGCCCCCGCGGCGAGAAGCAGAGAGCGAGAGACGACGGCGGAGGCGGCGGCAGGGAGAGGAGACGCAGGGAGAGGAGACGCAGGGGAGAGGAGACGCAGGGGAGAGGAGAGUGACACGAGCACAGGGAGCAGCGGGACACGAGGAGAGAGGGAGGAGCGGGGAGCAAAAGAAAAGCGGCGUCACGAGGAGCGCGGGGAGGCAGGAAAGUGACGGGAGCGGAGGGAGAAGAAGCAGCAAGAGGCGAAGCAGCAGGGACGGGAGAAACGGGGAAGACCAAAGCAUCGGCAACAGGAGUCGGGGUUAGCAAUAGCAGCAGUGGUAUCAGCAGUCGUUAAGAGAAGCAGCGGUAGAGUGUAGAGCAGCAGCAUCGACACGCAUCGGCAUCACCAUCUCGUCCCCGGUUGCCCCCUCAUCCACCAUGAAGAUCUUCGUGGGUAACGUGCCCUUCCAGGCGACCAAGCGCGAGAUCCAGGAGCUGUUCGAGCAGCAUGGGGAGGUCACCGAGUGCGAGAAGAUCAAGGACUUCGCCUUCGUGCACAUGUCGGCCCCGGGGGACGCGGAGCGGGCCAUCGUGGCGCUGCGCGGCCACCGCCUGCACGGCGCGGCCCUGGACGUGGAGCCGUCCCACGGCCGCGGUCAGCAGCGGGGCGGCUCCUCCAACUGCUCCUCCUCAAUGCUGAUGCUCGGCGGCCAGUGUAGCAGCACCACCAAGAUGUACGUGGGCAAUGUGACGCCCGACUGCACCAACGUGGAGCUGCGCGCCAAGUUCGAGGAGUUCGGGCCCGUGGCCGAGUGCGACAUCGUCAAGGACUACGCCUUCGUGCACAUGGAGAGGGAGGACGACGCCCGCGCCGCCAUCCGCGCCCUCGACGGCUCCGAGUUCAAGGGCCGCCGCAUCUUGGUGCAGCUCAGCCGCAGCAAACUCCGCGUCGCGCCCGGCAUGGGCGGCUCGGCCAACUGCUUCCGCUGCGGGGAGCGCGGACACUGGUCCAAGGAUUGCCCCACAGACAGCAGCCGCGCCGCCUGGGCCCUCGGAGGAGUCCCCACGGGGGUACCCACCGGGGUCCCCACGGGGGUACCCAACCCGGCGGCGGCUGCGGCCGCAGCCGCGGCCGCGGCCGCCGCCGCCGGCCGAAGUGGCCUCGGCGGCCUCGGCGCGAUGCCUGGGGGCGCCGGGGGCCUCGGCGUGGUCGGAGUGGAGCGGUACCGCAACGGGGGUCCCAUGGCCGCAGCUGCAGCGGCAGCCGCCGCCGCCGCGGCUGGGGGAGCGGCCGGGGGAGCCGGUGCCGGAGGAGGAGGCCUCUACGGGGGCGCCUACCAGGCCCAGGCCGCCUCGUUCGCCACGGCCCCGCACCCCGCCGCACUCGGCGCCGCAUACGACGCCUACGGGGGGUACGGGGGCGCCGGGGACCAGCAGCAACAACAGCAGCAGCAGCGGGACCGCUUCGGCUUCGUGGAUCUGUACGAGCGAUUCCGGGCGAGGCCCUACGCGGCGGGGCCCGCGGCGCCCGUGUUCCCCGCGCCGGGCGGGCCCGCGGAGUUGGAGUUCGCGAGGCGCGGGGCCGCGCCGCCUCCAACCGCCUCCACCACCUACGGGUACAACGGAUAUGACUUUUACCGCCGGUAGAGCACGGGGCGAACAGCGACCGUCGCUGCCUCAACGCCGGGGCUUCCUCCUCACACCUUGGGCUUUUAACUCCAUGGUUUUGCUCGUGUUUAUCGGAAUGUGACUUCAGUCGGUUUAACCCUCUCCAUCGUCGGCAUAUCCGUGUAAGGUUUCGCGUUCCUCGUUAGUGCCGUUUGUUGACAGUGAGCGUUUGUGAGUUACCGUUAGGAGCCAACCCUCGCCCGCGUUUGCUGGGGGAGAAUCGGGGUGGCGGAGGAGGAGGCGGGCGAGGUGUCGCAUGGCGGAGCAGUGGAACCAUCCGUUGGCUUCCCAUCGUGAGCGCGGUCCAGGCUUGGCUCCGAUGAUUAGAUUUUCUAAAGCGCGUUGCGUUCCUGGUUUUCUGUUCUAGCUUGUAGAUAACUAGAGUACCUGCUUGAGCGGCGGCUCGGGUCUGAGUUCCGGCGUCCGCGCGAGGGGGCGACGCGUGGGCUAGCGCGAGCUCCGGCCAGCGUCGGCGUGGCCGGAGCUCUGCGUGGAAUCGGGAACUCUCACUUUUUACAAUAAAAGCAUUCAAAUAUGA